AUGCCACCGCCCAACAGGUCUACCACAAGAAGCCGCGCCUUGACGUGGGACGAGAUGCCCGAAUGGCGGCGCGACAACAAAUACAUACUUGGCGGCUAUCGCCGAGAAAAGGCAGACUACCUCGAGAUCCUCGCUGGCCUGGCCUUUCUGCACAACGAGACGUGCAAUGUGUACUCUCACUUGAUCGGAGCACUCCUCCUACCGCUUAUUGCGGUCUCUGUCAUGCGCAGUAUCUGGCAGGUUCAAUUACCGACCGUGUCAGGAGUCGAUUACGCCAUGUUUGGGAUCUUCUUUGGUGGUGCAGAGUGUUGUUUGCUUUUCAGCGCCGCCUACCACCUGGUCGGCCCACACUCGCACCCUGUCGAGCAGUUCUGGCAUCGGAUGGACCUGCUAGGUAUCGUCAUUGUAACGGCGGCGACCUUUGUGCCUGGCAUUUAUUACAUCUUCUUCUGCGAGCCUGCUUGGCAGAAAUUACACUGGGCCGUCGUCGUCAUCUCGGGUUUUUCUACUGCGGCGCUGAUCUGUAUACCCGUCUUUCGGACGUUGCGCUGGCGAAAGGUAAGAGUCGGUGCCUAUGCCGUACUUGGUGCCUCGGCAUUCAUACCCCUGCUGCAUGGCACUCGGCUGUACGGUUUUGAGUAUAUGAUUCAGUACUCUGGGAUGAAGUGGUAUCUACUCGAACUUGCUAUAUACGGCGGUGGAGCUGGUCUUUAUGCGUUUCGAAUCCCUGAGCGCUUCGCUCCGGGAAAAUUCGACAUUUUGUGCAGCUCUCAUCAAAUUUUUCACGUCGCUAUCUUAUUCGCAAUGUCUAUACAUAUUUUAGGUCUGGUGCAGGCUUUCAUGGCGUGCCACGCACUGGACAUUGGCAACAUCCAGGCCGCUCACAACAAACUGGCGCGUCAAUGA